CGUAGUUGUUACGCAACAUGCGUGAAUAUUGGGAGUUCUGCAAAAGUUAAGGAAUUAAUGAAAAAUGAACAGUAACAUUACACUCCGUUUCAAAGGAAUAGACACAUUUCAAAUGACAUAUUAUGGCUAUGUAUAGUGUUAUAAUGAUAUGCAAGAGUACAAAAGGGAAAAUAAGUAAACACAUGAGUGAUGGAUCGAUACAAUGAUGUGAAGAUUCUUCUGAAAACCUGGGAGCAGUCAUUUGUUCAAGAACAUCAAAGAAAGCCCAACAAGGGUGAUAUUGACGCAGCCCCAGAAGAGGCUAAAAAGCUCUACAAAGAAUAUCGAACACUCAAGCAAGCAAAAGAAAACAGCAACAAUGGGCAUACAGACCCAACACCUACCGCACAGACUCAGUCAUCUGAGAAGGUUGCUGGAUCGAAUCCCCGAGCUGACAAGGAAUCCGAUUGCUGGGGCACUCACCUGAACCGUAAGAGCAUGCCGGUGGCUGCCCCCAAACUGACGCUGACGCCCAAGGACAAGGAGUCCCUCCAAGCCUCGGCCCAGUACUUUGGCAUGAAGCUCAAGUCAAACCUGGGUGCUCUAACAAAGGAAAGACCGGUUUCUCUGAAGAAGUCGUUCACGCCACGUCGAACACCUCUGAAGUCCUGGAAAGACGGCCAGAGCCCAAACCCUGCAGCUGGUGCUGCAGGCAGCGAUACACUGCUAUCCCCUCUGCUAAAGCCAGCCAACACACGUCCACACCUCCUGGCCUGUCCAGUGCAGACAGGGACAGAACACCCACAGCAGCCCUUUGAGCCAAUACCAGCCUUCACGCCCUCCAAACUGUGGUCUCCUGCAGCGGGGGCAUCAUCAGACAGACCAGCAGGAAGUAGGGCCCAGCAGCUCAGACAGACCUUCACCAAGAGGUUAUCCUCUGUAGACAGCAGCUGGCUCGAGAGAUGUCAGGUGUUUGACGAGGUGGGUGUCGCGGAGAAGCCGGUUGUGGGUAAUUUGUCUCUCGCCGUGGUGUCGGCGGUAGAUUCACCACAGGCCAAAGGGGGAGGUGUUGGCGAGGGAGAGAACCCAGGACGUGCCGCCAGUUCCUUUGUCAUACCUUCCAUGCAGAAUGAAGGGACAACUCUCCUGGGGGAGAGGGCUUCCAAGAGUACCAUGCCACAGGCUCUGCCUUUUUCAGACGAGCAACAGCCCAAAAUUGGUUGUGGCGUAACGUCUGCAGCAGUCCCAGCCAGUCUGCGGUCCACUGGACAACACUCUUCAUUGGGGUCUGGCUCCGGAGAGGGAAAGGAUGGAGAAACCAGACCAGGUCUCAGAGGACAGGCCGAGGGCGGAACGUCAGAAGAGACAGCCAUCGGCGCCUCCACCGCCAAGAAAUCUCGAGCAAGGGCCAGAAAGGGCCGGGUAGGAAGGGUUGAAGAGGAGGCGGAGGUGUCGACGCAGCCACCACAGAAGGCCGAGGGUGACGAGCUCGGGCCGGAGAAGAAAGGUACGAAGAAAAAGGCCAAAAAGAGGCAAAGGGACCUUGACACAGAUGGAGAGAACCCUGACGACACAGAGAAAGAGGGGGCGGUGAAAAAGAGGAGAACCAAAAAGGUUACAGAGGCUAUAGUUGAUGGCAGGAGUCCCAAAAAAGUCCCCAGAGUGACUCAGACGGGUGAUGGAAAUGCUAGUGAACAGGGGAGUGGUGAUGUCACAGAGAAGGAAGCAGUGAAGCAGAAACCAAGGGUUCCACAGGAGAACCUCCUAGGAGAGGUGGAUGAGGAAGAUGUCAAAGCUGCCAGGAACAGAGGGAGCAACACUAUGAGACCUAAACCCACCAAGAACUCGGACUGUAACUUUGUAAGGAUCAACCUGAAAAAUAAGUCUCAUGUCAAAGGAUACGCAUGUAGGGGCGCUGGCCUACGGAAGCAGUUGACCAUGGAGAAGUUCCAGCUAAAGGGGGAGAGGUUUGGAGGACCAGACUCGCGGUUUAGAGGGGGAAGGGGCAGAGGAGGGUUUAGAGGUGGCUUCGGAGGGUUCAAUCGUCCAGGGGACACCUGCUUCAAGUGUGGAGGCACAGGACACUGGGCUAUGAACUGCAAGGGCAGAGUUGCAGCUCCAGUAGACGGUGCUGCUGCUGCUGAGGCGUCUGCGGUUGAGGAGCCCUUCGAACUGCCUACCUUGGAAGAAGUUGCCCGGGCAACGGGAACGCUGCGUUCCGAGCCUCGGGUGGCGUCCCCCGUUGUUAAAGAGGAGAAUGAGGGUCUGGGGGAGAAGCAGGAGGAUGGUGGUGGUGAUGAGGUCUUGUUGAAUGUGAUCAGGCCGGAUUACGAGCGCCUGCUCCCUCCGCCCCCCAUGCAGCCCCUCUACCCCCUAGGGGAGGACGGCAAAGUACAAGCGGUGCCCUCUGAAGUUAAUGAAGCACUUAAAGACUUUGGGUACAAGUCUUUCAGACCAGGGCAGGAACAGGCCAUCAUGAGAAUUCUAUCAGGUCUGUCCACGCUAGUGGUGCUCUCUACGGGCAUGGGCAAGUCUCUGUGCUACCAGCUGCCUGCCUACCUCUAUGCCCAGAGGUCGAACUGUAUCACUUUGGUGGUGUCACCACUGGUGUCUCUUAUGGAUGAUCAGCUUUCUGGACUCCCAUCCAAGCUGAAAGCGGCUGCCAUUCACUCCAAUAUGUCUAAAAAACAGCGAGAGGUUGCCAUUGAGAAGGUUAAGGCAGGUGAGGUCCAUGUCCUGCUCCUGUCCCCUGAGGCGUUGGUAGGUGGAGGUCACUCUGGCUCUGGCUGUCUUCCCCCAGCUGACCAGCUCCCCCCGGUGGCCUUCGCCUGUAUCGACGAGGCCCACUGUGUCUCAGAGUGGUCACACAACUUUAGGCCCUGCUACCUGCGUCUCUGCAAGGUGUUGAGGGACCGUCUGGGCGUGCGUUGCCUGUUGGGUCUGACUGCCACCGCCACCCUGUCCACAGCCCUGGACAUCGCUCAAAACCUGGGCAUCACUGACCAGGACGGUGUUGCUGUCCGCUCAGCCGCCGUGCCUAACAACCUGCAGCUGUCUGUCUCCAUGGACCGAGACAAGGACCAGGCCCUGGUGUGUCUGCUGAAGGGAGAGCGGUUUGGGUCUCUGGAGUCCGUCAUCAUCUACUGCACCAGGAGAGAGGAGACGACCCGUAUAUCUGCCCUGCUCAGGACCUGCUUGCAGGGGGUGCUGUUGAAGGAGUCUAACCGUACAGCUAAUCAGGAGGCAGAUGACAACCCUGUAGGGAAGAAGAAGAAAGCUUUGGCCAGGAAGAAGAUCCGUAAGCCUCUGAAGUGGAUGGCUGAGUCCUACCAUGCCGGCAUGUCGUCCUCUGAGCGCCGUCGCGUCCAGAACAACUUCAUGUGUGGUGAGCUGCGAGUGGUGGUCGCCACGGUAGCCUUCGGCAUGGGCCUGGACAAGUCGGACGUGCGCGGAAUCGUGCACUACAACAUGCCCAAGAGCUUUGAGAGCUACGUGCAGGAGAUCGGGAGGGCAGGGAGAGAUGGGGAACCGGCCCACUGUCAUCUCUUCCUGGAUCCUGAGGGAGGGGACCUGCAUGAGUUGCGGAGGCACAUCUAUGCCGAUACAGUGGACUACUACACUGUGAAGAAGCUGGUGCAGAAGGUGUUUCCUCCCUGCAGGUGCAGACAGAUCCACCAGAACCAGCAGGACCUAGCCAGGACUCAGGAGGAGGUUGAUGACUCCGAGAUGAUGGAACUGAUGGACACCUGUGAUGAGAACCCAGUUGAAACACCGGAACACACAACAGAGACUGGUCAGAACACCCCCAUCGAGCAGUUGGAACAGGUCAAAGUUCCUACUGAGGAUGUAUCAACUUUUCAACCACUGGACGGGGAGCAGAAACACCCACCAGAGUCAAGUGUUCCAUUUCCCCAGAGAGGGGAUGGCGAACAUGAAGAGGAGGAGCAGAUAGGGGGAGGUGAUGAUUUGCCCACGACUAGGGUGUGUCACACCCAUGAGAGGGCCAUACCUAUGCAGGACACUGUGGAAGCCCUGGACAUCACUGAGGAAGGUUUGGAGACUCUGCUGUGCUAUCUGGAGCUGCACCCUCAGCAGUGGGUAGAGCUGCUCCACCCCACCCUCUCCACCUGUAAGAUGGUCUGUUACAACGGCCCGCAUCAACUCCGCAAACUCACCAAAAUCUGCCCACCUGUUGCCGUAGUGUUAGCCCGAAAACGGCUGGCAGGGGAGCGAGUGGACACCUGUGAUUCGGUCGACUUUGAUGUGGUGGAGGUGGCAGACACUAUGGGCUGGCAGCUGGGUCUGGUGAAGAGAGGCCUCCGACAACUACAGUGGGCCACAAACAGAGGAGUCUUGGUGGAGUUCUCCAACCUGUCCUUCUACUUCCGUUCCUACGGUGAUUUGACCCCGGAUGAGAUGGACCAGGUGUGUGAGUUCCUGCAUGGCAGGGUGGUGGCCCAGGAGAGGACCAAACUGUACCAGCUCAAAGCCUGCUUCAAGGCCUUCCGCAGCGUUGCAUUCAAGAGCUGCAGUGUCUGUACGGACAAGCUGGACGAGAGCAGAAGCCUGAAGCUGAAAGGGCUUCUGGGGGAUUACUUUGAUAAGAGGAGAGAACUGGACCUGAGCAGGAAGUUCCAGGAGGAGAAGGAUGGCGAGGACGAGGAGGAGGAGUUGUUGAAAUGCAAGAUGAAGGACUUCGAGGGUCAGAUCAGAGCAGAUAUUCAGAGUUUCCUGGGCAACCGCAGUGAUGAGAAGUUCUCUGGCAGAGCCGUCGCUAGAAUAUUCUUUGGAAUUGGGAGUCCAUGUUACCCAGCUCAGACCUUCGGCAGGGACAAGAGAUACUGGAGAAAAUACAUCCAAUUUGAUUUUAAUGAAAUCAUCCGCUUUGCUAUUCAGGAGAUCAUUCGAUUCAAGUGAUGAAAUACCUACUCUAUCUAAAAAAAUAUAUAUAUAAAAAACAUGUAAAAAUACAUCUUACCUCGGCUGCAAACAUUAACAUUUUUUUAUUAUUUAUAAAUGGCUGUUUUAUGGUGUGGUUUCUGUAUUUUUGUUAUGUUUGUUUGGUGUACUGUACAUUUCAUGUAAUGUUCUUUGUAUGCCAAUUUAAUAAAAUGUAUUUUGUAUGAAAUGUAAGGGUAAGUGCUUGAUGUUAUUGAAACUUGUGUAUGCUCAGAACACUUUGAAGGUUGAAAAAGGUUCUCGGUCAAUGGUUGACUGAGUUUUACAGCAUGGGUCAAGUGCAUUGCAUUAUUAUAGUAGCUACACUACCGUUCAAAAGUUUGGGGUCACAGAGUUCUAGGCAGAGUUCCUCUGUCCAGU